AUGCCAAAAUCACCGUCGACCAACAGCACCAGUACGACAGCAACAAGCGAGAACUAUGUCUUCUUCUGGAAGCCAAACGAAAGGGACUACGGUUGGGCAUCCCAGUGGUAUCCUUCACCAUUCACUCUCCAGAUAGAAUUUCCUGUCACCGGAGAUUCACAUUCCUCUGCACCCGAAUCCAAAUCCAAAUCCAAAUCCAAACCUGAACCUGAAUUGAAGGAAUGCACAUUCCCUACCGCCGAACAUUAUAUGAUGUUCAGAAAGGCUCUCCUCUUCGAAGACACUUCCAUCGCCGAACUAGUCCUCUCGCCGUCUCAUAGCGGCACAUCCCAGUCCGACCUGGCCGAAAUAAAAGCACUCGGGCGUCAGGUACAAAACUUUGACGAAGAUACAUGGAAAGCUCACAGAUACCGGAUAGUUCUGGAUGGAAACCUUGCUAAAUUCCGUCAAAAUCCACACCUCAAAGACUUAUUAUUGAGCACGGGUAGUCGGAAGCAUGUAGAGGCCAGCCCACGAGAUAGAAUAUGGGGUAUUGGGUAUGGUCAUGUUCGAGCGGCGAAGAUGGUUAACGGGACGCCGCCUCAAGCAACGGAACCAAAGGAGUGGGGGCUGAACUUGUUAGGAAAAGCUUUAGAUGAGGCGAGAAAAAUACUGCAGGAGGAAGCAAGUAGCAUUGGCGGUUUUCAAUUCGUUGAUCACCGAAGUACAUAG